UUCCCAUGCCAGUAGCUAAUAGUGGUUGCAGUUGGGCUUUGUACCAACAUUUCAUCCGUUUAUGCAACGUUACGCUACCUCGGUUUGACGGAAUUCUGACCUUGUUAUUUGAAGACAUAUUAACGCCAACUGUCACAAUAGAACAAGUGAUGGUGGAGUGGUGUAACGUUAACCGUGUGUCCAUGUGGUGUAACGAAUCCACCCAGGCAGAUGUUUGACUUUGUUCGUUUACUAUGAGCUCCCUAUCAGCCCAGCCUCUGGCAUCAAGCUCAUCAUGCAGGACACUACCUGGAGAGGGAAAUCAGGUACAACCAAAAGCCCCUCUCCUGCAGAUUCUGCGUGUUGCCGGAGCUCAAGAAGAAGUCUUCACACUCAAAGAGGUGAUGCACUACUUGGGUCAGUACAUCAUGGGGAAGCAACUGUAUGACAAACAGAGGCAGCACAUAGUCCACUGCCAGGAUGACCCUUUGGGAGAGCUGCUGGAGGUUGACAGCUUCUCCGUCAAAAACCCGAGCCCGGUGUAUGAAAUGCUCAAGAAAUACUUAGUUGUGCUUGGUUGUUCUGACGCUGCAGAGAAUCUUUCUGUGGGCCGUGAAUGUGUAGAGGGCGGAGUGGAGGAUCGCGGUCAGAUGUGUGGAGGUGUGGUCAAAGCAGGGCUGGAGGCUUGCCGUGAUGGUCCUCUCCUGCAGACCCCCUCCCAGCGACGACCUCGGGAGCCAGACGACGACUCUCUUGAAGGCCUGCCACGUUCAGCUUGCAAACGGCCCAAACUAGAUGUUACUUUGGACGAGUGGGAUCUCUCUGGCCUGCCCUGGUGGUUUCUUGGUAAUCUCCGUAGUAACUACAGCCGCAGGAGCAACGGCUCCACGGACAUCCACACAAACCAACUGUCUCCUGCACAGGAGGAGGACACAGCCAUUGUGUCGGACACCACAGAUGACCUCUGGUUCCUGACCGAGGGCGGGAGUGAACAGGUGAGCGUGGAGAUGAAAGAGGCUGCACUGGAGGAAGGGAGUGCAGGAGAAGGAGAGGCUCUACCUGAGGAUGAUGACGAAGGAGGGAAGGAGGAGAAAGCAGAUCGAGAGAUGCAGGAGGAGCCAGAUGAAGACUCGCAGUGUCUGAGCGAUGACACUGAUACAGAGAUCUCAACACAGGAUGCGUGGCAGUGCACAGAGUGCAGGAAGUAUAACACACCUCUCCAGAGGUACUGUGUUCGCUGCUGGGCUCUACGCAAGAACUGGUACAAAGAUGUCCCCCGACUAGCCCAUUCCCUUUCUGUUCCUGACAUCCCAGCAUGCAGCUCUCUCGCCACCCAUGAUGAGGAAGAUGACAGUGACACAGGCAUUGACGUCCCAGACUGCAGCAGGACGGUCUCUGACCCUGUCAUCCUACCCUCCCACUCCACAGCCGAGCGACCACUGCCCACUAUGAUUACAGGGAAAGGCAAGGGGCCUUGGCCCUCCAGCUUCCACAAGGAUGAGCAGCUCUCAGAAGGGGAGAGUCAGGAAAAUCUGGGCAUGGAGAUUGAAGAAGUUCGGCCUGAGGCACUGUUGGAGCCUUGCAAGCUCUGUCGAGUGCGGCCACGCAACGGAAAUAUAAUACACGGCCGUACGGCUCACCUGCUAACCUGUUUCCCAUGUGCAAGGAGGCUACACAAGUUUCAGGCUCCCUGCCCAGGAUGUGGGAAGAUCAUUCAAAAAGUUAUUAAGAUAUUCAUCCUCUAAAAACACACACACACACACACACACACACACACGUCAGGCUCUGGGGAACUCAACAACAACAAAUAUACAACAUACAUUCGACCAUACAGAUGCAUGCACUCUGGUACACACUCAUAGACAUUCACACAAAAUGUGCACCUUACCGUUUAAACCUACACAGAUAUGUACACAAAGUAUAGCACUUGGUGAAGCUUGCUCUUGGUUGCAUGGUUUAUUCUGCAUCACACUGCUUCUCAAGUAUUGUUUUGAUGAAACCUCUGACUCGAGAAUUUGUCAUACCAAAUGUUUGUUUUAGUGCCACAUUUAAAUAAGGGAUAUACAAAGGCAGAAGUAUUUAUUUAUUUAUAAGGAGAUCACAUGAGUGCACAUUGUGAGCUAUUUGAUUUAAUGAAGACUUUUUUUUUUCUUUUCAGGCUAUGUGUGAAUUUUCUCAUGGUUUUUGCUAUGCAUUGAAUGGUGCCAUUUUAAACUGGUAUUGCUUGCCUUCUGUUAGUUUUCUUUCCCCAUAGAUUCACGUUAGACAUCAUCUAGGCAAAAAUGGAAAGAUCAUUGCAGGGAAUUGUGGCUCUGAGAUUUGAGUUAUGAAGACAAGAUUGAAGGAAGAACAUGAAAGAGGGUAAUAAAACCAUGAUUUUGUUGUCAACAGCUGCAGCUCCAUGAAAGUAUCCUCCUAAGCUUUUCUUUAAAAAACAAAAAACAAUUACUAGCAUAAUUGAAUGUACUGUAAAAUACAGAUGUGGUGGCUUAAGUCCUGUUUCUCUCAACAUAGUAUUUUAAAUGUAGAAUUGAAUUUAACUUGCUUGAGAAUGCACAGCUGAAGUAUUUACUGUAAUUUUCUCUUGGGGUACUAAUUUGAUGUUAAUGUGUAUUCAGUACCGUAUUUACAAGCCUCUGAUGACAGUUAUGCCUGCAGUAAGUUAUGUUAUAUAACUGUUGGUUAAUGUUUAAAUGUUAUCAUUCAGAAAGGUUCCUUUACACACAAAUUCUAAUCAAACGAUUUCUGUAUAUUUUGUAUUUAAUUUAUUUAUGAUUCAGUUUUAAUUGUUUAAAUGACCGCCACUUCUAAUGAAGCAGAAAACAGUCUGCACUUGUUACAGAGCUCUAAUGUGUACAUUUUACGCAAAACUAUUUGCUGAAAGGUAUACAGAAAGUCUUUUAAGGAAGCAGGUGAAGUUACCACAUGUACCCUCUGUGAAAAUGACUGGAGUACAUAUUGGGAGUUAGAGGUUUGAUUUCAGCGUUAACACUGCCACGUAAUGACUCUGAACUUUAAUUUGUAUAUUAUUAUAGAUUUUAUUUUGAUGUCUCUGCAUUAUUUGAAGAUUGUGUCGCUGGACCGGUGGGUGAGCGGUCUACAAAUACAGUAUGCUCUACAAUCCUUACAAGUUAAAUGUACAGUGACCGUAAGCAUUAAACUCUUGGCUCUGCUUAGCGUAGAGGGAAUACAAUAGUUCCUUGAUAUGGCCUUUACUUGCGCUUAAUCUUUCUGCCAGCAGGUGGGGAGAAGUCUCAAUAUUGUAUCUGGUGCUCACAUAAGCUGUACAGUACCAGUAAUACCAUGUAUAGCAUAUAUAGAGCAUGCCUCCCGUCGUGACUAGAGCCAGCACUGAACUGGUGAGAGAGCUAUAUUAGUUAUAUGAAAAGCUAUAAAAGAUGAAUGUCGCCUUUUGUAUUUAUAACCCAUAAUUGUGCAUCGAGAGAAACAAACUUCCUCUAGAUACAGACCUCAUUAAAGUGGCUUAGUACAUAUUAUACCAGUAAUACUGGUUCACAAUGACAGACUUGUUGCAAUUGACAUUAAGACUAUAAUUUGCCCAAACGUUGUACAGCUAAUAUAGUUGUUUGUUUUCUACCUGUCAUGGAAUAAAAUGAGUUGUUUUGUAAAGCAA